AUGCUGCUUAAGCAUUGGAAAGCUGCCGCAUUCUUGGCCAUCUCGGUCGCCUCACAGGUUGACGCAAGGUUUGAGCGGGCCGACAGCAAUGAUGGAACCGCCAAUAAAGCACCCAACAAAGAUCAAUUUAUUGACUCAUUGAUCUCAAAGAUGUCUGUGAGCGAUUUGGACCAAACGAUGCAUCUCAGCCCAAAAUCUCCAAUUGGAGUAAUACAUGACUGGUACCCUAUGAACAAAUCUUACUUCAACAGUGUUCAAAAACUCCAAUUGGAAAAGUCGCAUAUUCAAAUACCGAUGAUGCUCGUUGAAGAGUGCCUCCAUGGCGUUGGCAGCUUCAAGCAGUCCUUGUUUCCGCAGAACAUAGCCAUGGCUGCUUCAUUUGAUACAGAUAUCGUUUAUCGAGUUGGGAGAGCUAUAGGAACGGAGGCAUCGUCAAUUGGUGUCCACGGCUGCUUUUCACCAGUUCUUGACCUUGCCCAAGAGCCUCGAUGGGGAAGAGUUCAAGAAAACUUUGGCGAAGAUAAAAUUCUCACAUCGCAAAUCGGAGUUGCCUAUUCUUCUGGUCUAUCCAAGAAUAAAUCUUUAUCUGAUCCAGACGCCGUGUUUCCGAUUAUGAAGCAUUUUGCGGCCCACGGUUCCAGCCAAGGAGGCAGAAAUACAGCGCCAUUCACGGGGCUUGGAACUCGGCAGAUUAUGCAAGAUCUUCUCAUCCCAUUCAAAGCCAAUUACGAGCUUGGAGGCGCCAGGGGAGUAAUGAUGGCCUACCACGAAAUUGAUGGAAUUCCGUCUACGGUUAAUGACAUGCUGUAUCAAGCUCUGAAAGACUGGAAUUACGACGGGCUGGUGAUUGCUGACGACACGGCAUUGAGAAAUCUUUUGACAGAGCAUAAAGUAGCAAGCUCUCAAGCAGACGCUAUGCAACAAUGGUUCAACGCUGGCGGUAUGAUUGACUAUUAUGACUGGGAUCUGGAUUCCUAUAUAAAUACCACGCAAGAUCUGGUAGCCAAUGGAUCCGUCCCACUCAAGACCCUUCAGUCGCAUGUUCGGCAAAUUUUGGGCAUCAAAUGGGAUCUGGGCCUUUUUAACAAUCCUUACAUUCCUGAUGAUAUUGAUCCUCUUGCAAUUGUUGCCAGUCACCAAGACGUUGCAUUAGAAGCGGCGCACAAGAGCAUCAUACUGCUCAAAAAUGACAACAACACUCUUCCGCUGGAUCCAUCAGCUAGGGUCGCACUGAUUGGGCCAUUUGCGGAUACUAUCAAUUUUGGAGAUUACUCUGGUGCUCUGGGGCAGUACCCUGCAAAUUAUGCGCACACUCUGCGUCAAGGCAUGCUAAGUUAUUUGAAGAACAGCAGCUCGGGUGGCCGACUUACAUCAAGCUGGGGUGCCAACAGCUGGGAAUACAACAACCAGUAUGUGAUUCCAGGAUAUCUGCUAUCAACUUUAAAUGGGACAAAUGGGGGUUUGCAGGCAACGUAUUAUGCCGGAACCAAUUUUACUUUUCCCAAAGCAUCGAGACUAGAGGUUCCCGCCCAGGACUGGGGUUUAUACCCCCCACCAGGUCUUUCUUCGAACAACUUCAGUGCUACCUGGGAAGGCCAACUUGAAUCUCCGACUGAUAUAGACGUUGAUGGAUGGAUUGGUGUUGCAAUUGGUCCGAAUAGCACAUCGAAGCUCUACGUUGAUGGUAAGCUGAUUGCGUCCAAGGGAUACGGCCCCGACAGCAACGUCCUGGGAAACAUUGAAGGCUAUGGGUGGAUACAGCAAAACCAUUCCAUACCACCCGAGGAUGGAGUGGAUUUUACGUUCAAAAAGGGUGCCAAAUACCAGAUUCGUAUCGAAUUUCAGUCGUGGAACAACUUCAAAAAGACUGCCAAUGUCAACUCUGUCAACUCGCAGCUUAUCUUCUGGUGGAAUCUAGUAUCCCCAGAUGGCGAUGCUAUCCACCAAGCAGUGUCCAUUGCACAGGAUAGCGAUGUUAUUGUCCUCGCUAUGGGCGGGGCAUGGGACAGUGACGCAGAGGGGGGUGAUCGUGGAAAAAUGGAUCUCGCCCCAAGCCAAGAUGCCUUGGCUAAGAAGAUUUAUGCCCUGGGCAAGCCGGUCGUGCUCGUCCUUGAGGGAGGACGACCAUUUGCUAUACCAGAUCAUUAUCAACAGUCCGCUGCAGUGUUAGACACGCACUUCGGAGGGCAAGCUGGAGGGCAAGCAACUGCAGAUGUCAUCUUUGGCGCGUUUAAUCCAGGAGGACGUGUGCCAAUCACGAUCCCGUACUCGGUGGGUCAACUCCCAGUAUAUUAUAAUUACAAGCCCUCCGCACACGCUGCUGCAUAUCUUGACAUACCGUCUGAUCCGUCAUAUCCAUUUGGUCACGGCUUGUCGUAUACUACCUUUUCGGCUUCUUCUCCGACAGCUUCAAUUAGGAGCACCGGCUCAAAAAGAUCCAGUGUUGAUGCACGGGGUAGUAGCCAGACCUUUGGUACUGGUGACUGGAUCGACUUUUCCGUAACCGUCCAGAAUAAUGGCACUGUUUCCGGCAGUUACGUCGUCCAGAUAUAUUUGUUAGGCCGUGUAUCCACCAUUACACAGCCUGUAAAGCAGCUCGUCGCUUUCCAACGAGUUUAUCUAGAUGCUGGCGAGAAACAGACUGUCUCACUUGAGCUGGAAGUGGAUCGAUAUUUGAUGAUUCUUAAUCGGACAAACAAAUGGGAAUUGGAGAAGGGGGCUUACACCUUUGCUCUCUCGGAGAAUGGAGGCAGCAACACCGACACUAGUAGAAGCGUCACGCUGCAAUGCGUAGGUUGA